AAAGGCGAGAGAGAGAAAGAGUGCGAUUAUUGAUGGUUGGAAAUGCGAAGAAAAUCCUGAGCUUCUGCUGCUGAUUUCUACUUGAAUGAAAGGUACGGCCAUUCGUUUUAUCUGAUUUGAAGAACUUUAAUUAUCUUUGGAUCUCUCUUCGAAGAUUUCUGGCCUUCAGAAUCCGAUAUUUGGAGAUUUUCUGUUCUAAACGAUGUUUAAUCGUUCUUUCAGAUCUGGUAGUUUCCGACCAGAAAACUUAGGUCAAAAUGCUCUUGCCCUGAUAGGAAACCUUUGUUUCGCUUUUUUUGUACUUGGGGUCUUAAUCUUUACCAUUAUUGCUGCGACCUACCAACCUGAAGAUCCUUUGUUCCAUCCAUCAACCAAAAUCACAAACUUUCUCACCUCAACUUCAAAUGCUACCUUCAAAUCCGAUGACACCGUCGUUAAGACUGGUGAGGACUUUAUGGCUUCUAAUCAAACUGCAUUUGAUACUUUCAUUAACAUCACCGACGUUCCUGCUGUCGCCGCCGUGGAAAACCCACUUGAUUGUGAGGGAGACAUUGAUAAACCCAUCGACUGUACAGACAGGGAGAUCUUUAAUCUGUUGAUGAAAGUAGCUAUAGAACAUUUUAAGGAUAUCCAUUUUUACCGGUUUGGGAAAGCUGUGAGGGGAUCAAAUGAAAGCACUUGUGAUAUGGCAUGGAGGUUUAGACCCAAUGAAGGAAAAACUGCGUCUUUGUAUAAGGACUACCGUAGGUUCGUGAUUACUAGGUCUGGGAACUGUAAUUACACUGUGGCUAGUAUUGGGGAUUACCAUUCUGGUGUGAAUGCAAGGAAAAAGAAGAAGAACCAGAAACCUGGGUUUGAGAAGCUGCCGAAGCAUGUGGAGAAUCCGGCUACUUUGCCUGUGGUUGGAGAAAUUGUGAAUGAUACUCUUCCUGUGGUAGAGUCUGAGAGUUCUUUUGGUCGUGGCAAGUACUUGAUUUAUACCGGUGGCGGAGACAGGUGCAAGAGCAUGAACCAUUUCCUCUGGAGCUUCUUGUGCUCUUUGGGUGAAGCUCAGUACUUGAAUCGUACAUUGGUUAUGGAUUUAACUAUCUGCUUAAAUUCGAUGUACACUUCAUCCCAUCAGGAUGAGGAGGGGAAGGAUUUCAGGUUUUACUUUGAUUUUGAGCAUUUGAAGGAGUCGGCAUCUGUGCUGGACCAGAAACAGUUCUGGUUAGAUUGGGGAAAAUGGCAGAGCAAAGAUGGUUUGCGUCUUUUCCUUGUGGAGGAUUUUAGGAUCACGCCGAUGAAGAUUGCUGAGGUAAAGGAUACUGUGAUUAUGAGGAAGUUUGGAUCCGUGGAGCCAGAUAAUUACUGGUAUAGAGUUUGUGAAGGAGAGACUGAAUCUGUCAUCCAACGACCAUGGCACCUCAUCUGGAAAUCUAGAAGGUUAAUGGACAUUGUAUCUGGUAUUGCCUCGAGGUUAAAUUGGGAUUUUGAUUCUGUCCAUGUGGUGAGAGGUGAGAAGGCAAAGAAUAAGGAACUCUGGCCUAAUCUAGCAGCUGAUACUUCACCAGAAGCGCUUAUUCCUUCUCUACAGAACAAGCUUGAAGAUGGGAGGAAUGUUUACAUUGCCACCGAUGAACCUGAUACAUCUUUUUUCAAUCCUCUAAAAGACAAGUAUGCAAUUCAUUUCCUUGACGAAUAUAAGGAUCUCUGGGAUGAGAACAGUGAGUGGUAUACGGAGACCACGAAACUUAACAAUGGAGUGCCAGUUGAGUUUGAUGGUUACAUGAGGGCAUCAGUUGAUACUGAGGUGUUUUUGAGGGGCAAAAAGCAGAUCGAAACUUUCAAUGAUCUGACAAGUGACUGCAAAGAUGGGAUCAAUACCUGCCGUUCAUCCACUUGAUUAAUAUGCAUGAAUGUAUAAAGCUUCAUCCAAGCUUUUGAAUUUUUCCACUUGAUAUAUUUGGGUUCUCUGUGGGUAUCGUCCGGCAACAAGUGGUGUUGCUGUUCAGUAAAAGGUUAGGUCCUUGUAGGUACUGGUUUUGAGUGAAAUUCUUGUCAAUCAUGUAUUCUGUAGGAAGCAAUUAUCUAUGUUUCAUGACUUAUAAUUCUGUGUAGUUUUAAUUCAAUGGUGGAAUUUUUCUUCCUGUGUUCUGUCAUUGUUGUUGUUGUGUUCUAGUUAAUGCUACAAAUUAAAUUGUUUUAGUCA